AUGGCGCAGCAACAGUUCCUCCACCAGCGCCCAAUCCAAAACCCAUUCUCAAACCCUUUCUCUUCCUCUUCUCUUUCAAAUUCUUCAAUCUCAAAUCGCCCCAUCUCUCUCCUCAGCCGCAACGGUCUCCUCCUCCUUCUCGGUCUCCUCGUUCUCCUCGGCGUAUUCGUACCCUGGGCAGGAUCUCCCUUAUUCCCGUUUCCAAACGGACUCUCUUCUUCCUCUUCAUCGCAAGCCAAAUGGCGCGACUAUUCCCUCGCUCAAGCCGCGAAAUUCGCAGCUAAGAACGGGACUGUGAUCGUCUGCGCCGUGAGCUAUCCUUACUUGCCAUUUCUCAACAACUGGUUGAUUAGUGUUUCGAGACAGAAGCACCAAGACAAAGUCCUCGUCAUCGCUGAGGAUUACGCUACUCUCUACAAGGUUAACGAGAAAUGGCCUGGCCACGCCGUUCUCAUCCCUCCGGCGCUUGAUUCGCAGAUCGCACAUAAGUUCGGUUCCCAGGGUUUCUUCAAUUUUACGGCACGGAGGCCGCAACAUCUCUUGCAAAUAUUGGAGCUAGGUUACAAUGUAAUGUACAACGAUGUUGACAUGGUGUGGUUGCAAGAUCCAUUCAAGUAUUUGGAAGGAAGCCAUGAUGCAUACUUUAUGGAUGACAUGACUGCAAUUAAGCCAUUGGAUCACUCUCAUGAUUUACCACCUCCGGGUAAAAAAGGAAGGACGUAUAUAUGUAGCUGCAUGAUUUUCUUGCGUCCCACUAAUGGCGCAAAGCUUCUAAUGAAGAAAUGGAUUGAGGAGCUUCAAGACCAACCUUGGUCCAGAGCAAAGAAAGCAAAUGACCAGCCUGCUUUUAACUGGGCACUUAACAAAACAGCUCAUCAGGUGGAUCUCUACUUGCUAUCUCAGGCAGCAUUUCCAACAGGAGGAUUGUACUUCAAGAACGGGACUUGGGUUAAAGAGACAAAGGGGAAACAUGUCAUAAUCCACAAUAACUACAUUAUUGGUUUCGACAAGAAGAUCAAACGUUUCCGUGACUUUGGUCUUUGGGGUGUUGUUUACGUGAGGAGUAUUGAGCGUCACGUCCAUCCGUCAUCUCCUCGAUCACGCCCGACUCUUGAGUCAUCACUGUGCUCUACUAUGGAAGAUAUUAAUAAUCCGAGAAAAAGGAAAGAUAGUCCUGCUAGCAGCCAAUCAGGAACCCAAGAACUUGGUAAGGAUGACAAGAAGAAAAUCAAGAAAAUGAAGAAAGUUUAUGACAAGAUUGCUAAAGAUAUUACAGAGCUAAACCGGAGCUUGCUAACAAUAGGAGACAUAGCCUCCUCCUCAUUUGAUCUGCAAAAAGUUUUCCGUCCAACUCCUGCUGAUAUUGUCGCAAUGAAAAUUGAGAAGCUAGAAGUCCAUUGUGUCGUAAUUACCGGUAGAGGAGCGGUCUGGAUUGAUAGGGAGUGGGUGGAGUUUUGGCAGGAGGAGGAAGAAGCAGAAGCCCAAGAGAAAACGGAGGGAUCAGCAAGAUAUGAGUGCUGUUUUGAAACUGAAGAUUCAGAUGGACACAACAGGGCUGGUAUGUUGGUUAGGGGAAUUGAUACUUGCCUUGCUAGGGACGAUAUCAAGAGCGCAUUGAGGAAACAUUUUGAGUCAGGUGGAUGUCAAGUCUCACGGGUUUUUGUUCCCAUAGAGUGUUACACCGGUGUUCCCUUAGGAUUUGCUUUCGUUGAUGUGGAUGAUAAUGAAAAGGCCUUGUAUAUAGGUGGUGGUAACAUGGGAGAAAGUAGGUUUCGUGUUGUUAUGGCUCUAGAUCAAAGGGACACUAACUUCCCUGACUUUGUUGGGUGCCAAUAUUGUGGUACUUUCCUUCUUCAGCGCCGGCUAGAAAGAUGGCGCCGGAGGAACUAUUACUAG